GCAGCUGUAGCACUCCUUGCAGUCAAUCUGAACCUAUUCCCAGAAGAGCUCUACAAGAAAAGAGGAGGGCGUGGACAAGUGAAGGAUUGGGCCAACCUUGAAGCAUCCAAGUUCCGUCUACUUUGUGCACAUGUGGUUCGGAUCACAUACCGUACACGGGUGGCAAGGUGGGAUAUUAAUAUGCAUCUCACUCUCUUCCUGGCCUAA